AUGAAGCCUUCCAGCUCUAAUACGGGCUUCUUCCAAGAACUCCCGGUCCUACCGAACCAAUUUUUUGACGAUGCCAGCUUUCAGAGAGCAUUGAGACUAUUCGUCCCAAAAGAUGUCGUCAGCCGUGUUGAGGUCGAAAUCGCCCAACUCGGCGAGGACGUCCUGUCCGACCAGGUUUUCGAAUGGGUGACAGAAUCUGAACACAACAAGCCGUAUCUGAAGGGCAACGGCCGUGAUUCUUUCGGGCGGCCAAAAACCGACCUCGUCGUCGGCGAAGGAUGGCGCGGUUUGCAGAACUUCGGCAUCGCAAAGGGCAUCGUCGCCACCGGAUACGACACUUCUCUCGGGUCGUCUGCCCGCGUGAUCCAGUUUCUGAGAAUACACCUCUGGAGCCCCUCAGCGUCGAACGUGACCUGCCCGUCGGCCAUGCAAGAUGGCGCGGCGAGACUUCUGCAGCUGCACCUGGCUAACGGCGACCUGGAUCCGACUCAGCGCAAAGUUCUCGACAACGCCCUGCAGCACCUCCUGUCCAGAGACCCUGCAAAGGCGUGGACUAGUGGACAGUGGAUGACUGAACGAAUUGGCGGGAGCGAUGUGUCGCUUACGGAGACGGUCGCGACGUACGACCCGUCAGCGCAAGCAGGCCUGGCGAACGCCGAGGAGAACGUUCCCCUCGGCCCGUGGUCCAUUUCCGGCUUCAAGUGA